GUUUAGAUUUUAAUAAUGUCUUCUUAUCGCGAUGUGGUUAAAGCGGCCCGUAGUCUGCUAACCUACGAGAGAAAAUUUCACGUAGUCGUGGCAAACAGUGUACGUGCAUUUUCCUCAAAGUGCGAGAAACCCAAGGGCGUGGUCGUGGGUGCUUAUCAGAAGGAUGGUGACAAGCCCAUUCGAUCUUCAGAGAAUGCCGUCCUGCUCGACGAUGCCGUCGGCGGCAGGAUAAUGAGCUUGAUCAGAGAACGCGGCAUGGAUGGUCGUCCCGGCAAGGGAUUGCUCUUCAACGGACUGGAAGGCGAAUUCUCGUGUGUCGCCGUUGUUGGCAUGGGACCAGCUGGCGCUGGCUACAAUGAGCUCGAGGAACUGGACGAGGGCAUGGAAAAUACUCGCAUUGCGGCCGGCACAGGAGCACGAGCCUUGCAACUGCAGCGCAUGGCCGAGGUGCAUGUCGAUGGCAUGGACUUCCCCGAGCAGGCUGCCGAGGGUGCGGCAUUGGCCGUGUGGCGCUACAACGCCAACAAGCGCAAGAAGAACCGCUUGGCCACCCCCAAGUUGCACAUGUACGGCAAGGGGGAUCACGAUGCCUGGGUGCGUGGCCUGUUCAAGGCCGAGUCACAGAAUCUGGCGCGACGUCUGUCCGACACGCCGGCCAAUCAGAUGACGCCUUCGAUAUUCGCACAGGCUGCCGUGGAUGCGCUGUGUCCCUGCGGCGUGGCCGUGGAGGUGCGCUCCAUGGACUGGAUCGAGGAUAUGAGCCUCAACUCGUUCCUCAUGAUUGCCAAGGGCUCGUGUGAGCCGCCGCUCCUGCUGGAGUGUACCUACUGCGGUACCGCUCCCGAGGAGAAGGGCAUCUUGAUGUUGGGUCAAGGCCUGACCUUCCACAGCGGCGGUCUCUGCCUGAAAAAGAAGACGGGCAUGGACAAGUAUCGUGGCGCGAUGUCCGGGGCAGCUGUCUGCGUGGGCGUCCUGCGUGCCGCAGCUGCCCUCUCCCUGCCCAUGAACAUAACGGCUGUGAUUCCCCUCUGCGAGCACAUGCCCUCCGGCAUGGCGGUCAAGUGUGGUGACGUCGUGACGCUGCUCAAUGGCGUUACGCUGGGCAUCAAGAAUGUGGACAAGGCGGCUGUCGUGAUGAUGGCGGAUCCCCUGCUCUAUGCCCAGGCCAAUUUCAAGCCGAAAAUGAUCCUCACCGUUGGCUCGGUGGCACGUGGUGUUAGCUAUGGCCUUGGCGGCAGCGCGACUGGAUUGUGGAGCAACUCUGCGUUCCUGGCCAAGCAAUUCCGCAAAGCCGGCUCCAUUACCGGCGAUCGCAUCUGGCGUAUGCCUCUCUUCCGCUACUUCCGCGAGAUUAUAACCGACAACUCGACGUACGAUAUGAGCAAUUGUGGACGCGGACCAGCAUCGUCCUGUUUGGCAGCAGCCGUUAUGCAUUCGCUGGUGCCGUGCCUGGAUUGGGCACAUCUUGACAUCCGCGGCACUGGCAUGACCACCCAGGUGAAUCCUCUGCCCUAUUUAUUAAAGGAUUGCAUGACCGGACGCCCGACCCGCACAGUCAUCCAGUUUAUGUACCAAAUGGCCUGUUCCCAGUCUUAACAAAUCUGUCUUGAUGCCCUAAGGAAAUUAUUGUUAUAACUUAACAUUUGGAUGUAGUACCUUUGGAUUAAAAAUGUUCAGAAUCAGACAAUUAAAAUGCAGCUUUUUCUCUGACUAUUGCGU